CAUGGACGCUCGAGGCUCGGAGUUCUCGAAGGCGGUGCGGUGGUCGGACGAGACGGUGUUCUCUCGGCGAGCCCAUUUUUUAGCCGAGCGGGUCCCGGCCGCCCUCCAGGUCGACCACAUCCGCGAGUCCGACGCCGGCGUCUACCGCUGCCGCGUCGAUUUCAAGUUUGCUCAAACCCGAAACUCAAAAGUCAACCUUACAGUCAUAGUGCCACCGCAAAAACUCAUAAUCACUGACGAUGUUGGAUUAGAACGAACUACCGUAGUUGGGCCUUACAACGAACACUCCUCGCUCAGACUGAAAUGCAAAGCAAUCGGAGGGAAACCGAAGCCAUCGGUUUGGUGGCAUAGAGAAGGAACUAAAAUGGGAAGUCCAGACGUGAUCAACUCGAAAGGCGAGGUCAUGAGCGAAGUGACUUUGCCCAGGUUAGGGCGCUCGGACCUCCAUUCGGUCUUGACCUGCGUGGCAGCCAAUAACAAUCAAUCUCGCCAAUUGUCCGCCUCAGUACAAAUAGAUAUGAACUUUCCACCUUUAGACGUGAGGAUUACUGAAACAACGCAGCCGCUGUCGGCUGGUCGGAGGGCCGAGUUUCAGUGCCAAUCUUCCGGCUCGCGACCCCCCGCCAAGGUCACGUGGUGGCUGGAUCAAGAACGACUGCCCACCACCAAAGAAACGACGUCAGGUGACGGGAACACGACGAUAAGCACGCUUUUUUUCACAGCGAAUAAAUCCAACUCAGGACAAUCCCUGUCAUGCCGCGCGGAAAACACAGCGCUCUCCACCAGCUACUUGGAGGACGGGUUGAAACUCCACGUUCAGUAUAAACCAGAGCCGAAAUUGGUGAUUGGUGCCUCUAUAAACCCUAACACGAUUCGGGAAGGAUCCGACGUCUAUUUCGACUGCACCGUACAAGCUGAUCCUCCAGCUCAUCGAGUUCAAUGGAAGCACAACGGUCGGAAUUUGCCUCACAACAGUGGGAAGAAUGUGAUAAUCAGUAACCAAAGCCUUGUCAUGCAAGGAGUGAGCCGAACUAACGCAGGCAACUACACGUGCCUUGGAUACAACACCGAGGGCGAAGGAGAGAGCCCUCCUUUCUACCUUAACGUCUUGUACGCGCCGACGUGCGGGAAGAACCAGUCGCGGCUCCUGGGCGUGGCGAAGCAGGAGCGGGUGAACAUCUCGUGCGAGGUGGACGCCAACCCGCGGGACGUGGUGUUCCGGUGGAUGUUCAACAACUCGGCCCAGAGCGAGGACGUGGCGCCCGGCCUCGUCGUCAAGUCCGGCACGGCCAGCGUCAUCUCCUACACCCCGCUCACCGAGCUCGACUACGGCACCCUCCUCUGCUGGGCCUCCAACAAGAUCGGCCACCAGCGCACCCCCUGCGUCUUCCAUAUCAUCGCUGCAGGACGACCGGAUCAAGUGCACAACUGCUCGGUGCACAACAUGUCCUUGAACUCGUUCAUGGUCCGCUGCUCGGAGGGCUUCAACGGCGGACUCCACCAGUCCUUCAUCGCUGAGGUCCGCGAUUUCAACUCGCAGGAGCUCCGCGCCAACGUGACGUCACCUGUCCCGCGCUUCACCAUCUACGGCUUAGAUCCAUCAACGAAUUAUCAAGUGCACGUCUUCGCCUUCAACCAGAAGGGCCGCAGCGAGCCUCUCGUCCAGCAGGCCUUCACGCUGAGGCUCCCUGAGAAGCACUUCACUAGUGAUAGAGAUCGGUUACGACAUUCAGCAUUCCACCUUACGACACCCAUGAGCGUAGUGGUUGGCAUUGUGGGUGCUUUAUUCAUAGCUGCUUGUUUCGUGGCAGCAGUGCUACGGUUGCAGUGUUCCCGAAACGAGCGGAAACGGCUCAAACAGAAUACGAGCCCCUCCAAAGAGACUGAAAAAGACAUCGCUGGUACGGACAGUGGCGGUGACAGUGAUGAAAGGAAUCCUGACAUCAUUCCACACCCUAUAACAGAUUUUGAUGAGACUGAGCGAAGGCAACUUGUUUCGACGAUAGAAAGUGCAAGACUUAUACAUACUCAUGGAGGUUACUCACCCAUUCGAAAUGGAACCCUCCCACUUAGGCAUUUAUACUCACCAAACUUACAGACUAUACCCUGUGAUGACAACCUUUUGAUAGGAGGGGGCACUCUACCGAGGCAGAAGAGGACAAAAUAUGAAGUUAGUUCAUGUGUACAGACGCUGAGGCAACCAAUCGUGGCUACACCACUGCUGCCUGAAGGAAUCCCCUUUCCUCAUUCACCUCUCAAAGUAAACAGCUCAUUAGUAAACAAGCGAGAGAGUGCUGUUUGACUAACAACUCAGUUGUAAACUCAAAGUUUACAACAGCCUGAUAGUUAUUAAUGUUUUUCUACUCUUAAAUUUGUAAAUAUGUAACUUUUUGUUUUCCCCUUUUUUAUUUUCUAUUUCUUAAUAAAAAG